AUGAUGGAUACUAGUGGUGAUAUAAAUAGUAGUACAGCCGCUAUUCCCGCAAUUCCGAACGACGCUGGCGAUGGAAGAUGGAUGGCUAUUUUUUGGAAAGACUUUUUUGAACCGUUGCAUUGUUUAAAUUUUGGAAUUGGAGAAGAUCAAACGCAGAAUGUUUUGUGGCGUACCAUCAAUGGAGAGAUGGAUAUUUGUCAUCCACAAUGUGUAGUCUUACUCGUUGGUACUCAAAACUAUCAAAAUUCCGCUGAUGAAGUAGCUCACGGUAUAUUAGAAAUUGUACGUGUUAUCGAACAAAAACAACCUAAAACAGUGAUCGUUGUAUUGGCUAUUCCACCCCGAGGACAAAAACCGAAUCCAGUUCGUGAAAAAAUUACACAAAUUAAUUCAAUAGUUGAACAACAAAUGAAACAAACCUAUCCAAAGCAUGUCUUUCUACACACGUGUAGUAACUUCGUACAAGAAGACGGACUAAUUUCACACUUAGACAUGAACGAUUAUUUACACUUUACAAAUGAUGGUUAUGAAAAAUUUCUUGAUCCAUUACUCGAAAAAUUACAACAAAUAUUAAAAUAUAAUCGAGCAGAUGAACUUCUUUCAAGUGCAAGUAGUACAAAUCUUGCGGAACAGUCAAGAACAACAAUUAGCAAAUCAAAAUCAUAG